AUGAUCCCCUGCGGACGUGUUGACAUGGUGACAGUGCUGGACACAACAGUGGCUUUCCUGGAGAAGGUCCAGGAAUUAGUCCCUGCGGAAGACCAGCGCAUACAGCUGUGUCCUCCUGCUGAGCUUCAUGCUGAUUGGCUGCGGCGGAGUCAGGAGAACAGGGAGGUUGGGCACAAGAUGGCUGCCGAGCAGGAGAAGAAGCUCAACAGGUACUCUGACCUCUACCUGCUCACGUACUCUGUACUCUACCUGCUCAGGUACCCUGUCGUCUACCUGCUCAGGUACACUGUAUUCUACCUGCUCAAGUACAAUGUACUCUACCUGCUCAGGUAUCCUGUCUUCUACCUGAGCAGGUACACUGUCCUCAACCUGCUCAGGUACACUGUCCUCAACCUGCUCAGGUACCCUGUCUUCUACCUGAGCAGGUACACUGUCGUCUACCUGCUAAGGUACACUGUACUCUACCUGCUCAGGUACCCUGUACUCUACCUGAGCAGGUACACUGUCCUCAACCUGCUCAGGUACUUUGUCCUCUACCUGCUCAGGAACUCUGUACUCUAUGUGCUCAGGUACUCUGUCCUCUACUUGCUCAGGGACGCUCUACUCUACCUGCUCAGGAACUCUGUGCUCAGGUACUCUGUCCUCUACUCGCUCAGGGACGCUCUACUCUACCUGCUCAGGUACUCUGUACUCUACCUGCUCUGGUACUUUGUCCUCUACCUGCUCAGGUACUCUGUACUCUACCUACUCAGGUACGCUGUACUCUACCUGCUCAGGUACUCUGUACUCUACCCGCUCAGGUACUUUGUACUCUACCUGCUCAGGUACUUUGUCCUCUACCUGCUCAGGUACACUGUACUCUACCUGCUCAGGUACGCUGUACCCUACCUGCUCAGGUACUUUGGACUCUACCUGCUCAGGACCUCUGUACUCUACGUGCUCAGGUACUCUAUACUCUACCUGCUCAGGAACUCUGUAAUCUACCUGCUCAGGUACGUUGUCGUCUACCUACUGAGGUACUCUGUAUUCUACCUGCUCAGGUACUCUGUAUUCUACCCGUUCAGCUACUUUGUACUCUACCUGCUCAGGUACCCUGUCCUCUACAUGAGCAGGUACACUGUCCUCAACCUGCUCAUGUACUGUGUCCUCUACCUGCUCAGGGUACUCUGUCCUUUAUCUGUCUUCUACCUGCUCAGGACCUCUGUACUCUACGUGCUCAGGUAUUCUGGACUCUACCUGCUCAGGAACUCUGUAAUCUACCUGCUCAGGUACACUGUCCUCAACCUGCUCAGGUACUUUGUCCUUUACCUGUUUAGGUACUCUUUCCUCUACCUGCUCAGGUACACUGUCCUCUACCUGCCCAGGUACUCUUUCCUCUACCUGCUCAGGUACUCUGUCCUCUACCUGAGAAGGUACACUGUCCUCAACCUGCUCAGGAACUCUGUACUCUAUGUGCUCAGGUACUCUGUCCUCUACUUGCUCAGGGACGCUCUACUCUACCUGCUCAGGUACUCUGUACUCUACCUGCUCUGGUACUUUGUCCUCUACCUGCUCAGGUACUCUGUACUCUACCUACUCAGGUAUGCUGUACUCUACCUGCUCAGGUACUCUGUACUCUACCCACUCAGGUACUUUGUACUCUACCUGCUCAGGUACUUUGUCCUCUACCUGCUCAGGUACACUGUACUCUACCUGCUCAGGUAUACUGUACUCUACCUGCUCAAGUACCAUGUACUCUACCUGCUCAGGUACUCUGUCCUCUACCUGAGCAGGUACACCGUCCUCAACAUGCUCAGGUACUUUGUCCUCUACCUGCUCAGGUGGCACUGUGCCGUGUGA